UAUUAUGUGGCCAGAUCUGUGUUAGAAAAUGGAAGUUCGACAUUUUCUUUGUCAGCAUCGAAAUUUUUUUUAUAAUUUGUUUCUUCCCUUUACCCUCUUGAAGCUCCGGUGCUGCUUCCUCCCUCCAAGCUUUCUCUGAGUUACGUACCAAGGUUCUGGUUGGUUUCUACAAUUAAUGAAUUGGUUUUGUGCGAAGCUUUUCUUGUGAAAUUGUUCUGGAUUUAUUUGCCUGAAUUAUAUUCAUUGCUAUGCAGAAGAUUUAGUCUCGCAAAUAUUGUUAUCCCAUUCCAUCUGAGCUAAAGUUUAUCAUGACAAAUUGGGAUGAAAGAAAGGAAAAACAUGUAGGAAGGAUUUAACAUAAGCAUGAUCAACAUACAGGGCACAGAAAAGUUCUGGACUAUUACACAACAAUGACCAUUAAAUUAGAUGAUAUUAUGGAUCAAAGGCUUGCUCAACUGGACAAUGCAAAACAAAAGUUUGAUAAAAUGAAUAAAGUUUCAGUUCCUAAGAUCCAAAAGAUACCUGUUUUGUUGCGACAAAACGAAAGGUUUGCUAUGUACUGUUCACCAAAGAUGAUAUCAUUUGGUCCCAUCCAUCACAACAAAGAAGAUCUAAAGCAAGCAGAGGAUUAUAAGCUUCUAUGGACAUCAAAAUUUGUUGCGGAACACAGUGAAAAACAGGUUACAGAUCAAGCAAUUGCUAAAGCUUUGCUAGAACGGAUAGAAGAUAAUAUUGAAGAACUGAAGAACCAAUUUUCUGAGGAUUUAUUAUUGGGAGAAAUGUAUGAUGACAAAUACCUUGCUUGGAUGCUGUUUGUGGAUGGAUGUUCUUUGCUCUAUUUCAUGGAAUAUGUUGACAUAAAUCAUCCAGAAGCAUUAAACAUUAAGCUUGACCAACUAACACAUAUGUGGAGAGAUUCAUGUUUGUUGGAGAAUCAACUUCCAAGGAGAUUGCUUGAGAUGCUGAGUAAAACAGAAGGAACAGACUUGGAAUAUUUAUAUUACAAUCAUCUUAGCUGGUGUACAUCCAAAAGGGAGGGUUCUGUAAGAUUCUCAGUUCAAAAUCCUAAACCAAUUCAUAUACUAGAUUUUUGUCGCUCAUAUUUUCUGUCACCCCAAAAGUUUGUCAACCAUGACAAAAAUAAUCAAAUAGAGAUAAAUGAAAUCUCAAAUCAACAAAAUGAUGAUGAUGAUGAUUAUGAUGAUUAUGAUGAUGAACACAGUAUUGAUGCUGAUAUGGUUAGAUGGCAUACUUGUAAGAACAUACGAGAUCUAAAAAUAGCAGGGAUUCGAAUGCUGCCAAAUUUAUCAUGUGAAAAUCCUUUUGCAUGGAAUAACAUUCAUUUCACCUCUAAGUGGUUCAGUGGGGAAUUGAGACUCCCAAUGUUUGUGUUCACUAAUUUCACACCAUGUCUGUUUCGAAACCUCGUAGCAUAUGAGAUGUGUCCUGAUGUUUGUUACAAAUAUGAAUGUUGCUCAUUCUUUUCCUUUAUGGAUUCACUUAUUGACACUGCUGAAGAUGUGAAGGAGCUCAGAAUAAGUGGAGUGUUUCAAAAUUUGCUUGGAAGUGACGAAGACUUGGCCAAUCUUUUCAAUGAAUUGGGUUAUGAUUUACCAACUAAAGUAUUCUGUGAGAACGUCUUCAUCUCAACUAAUGUUGUGGCUUUCAGCAAGAAAUAUAUAGUCGUUAAGCAGCAAAUUGAAAAACACUGCGCAAAUAAAUGGAAGACAUGGUUGGCUGAAGGUUACAAUACUCAUUUUGAUACUCCUUGGACUAUGGUUGCCUUUUUAGCUGCAUUACUAGCAUUGAGUCUCACUUUCAUCCAAACCUGGUUCAGUAUUCCUAUAUGAUUGAUGACAAUGCAAAAGAAGGAGUAUUCUUUUAUGAAUGUGUUGGUGUUUGUUAUUUCAUUAAGGUAUUUGUGUUAA